AUGACACCAACAAAAUUGAUUAUACUUGGAAGUACAGGUGAUGGAAAAAGUUCACUUGGAAAUUUCAUCUUAAAGAAGAAUAUUUUCAAUGAAAGUAAUGAUCCACAAUCAGUGACCAAAGAAACAAUUGGAUCAUAUGGAGAAGGAGAUAGACAAGAUGUGUUUGUUAUUGACACACCUGGAUUACAAGAUUCAGAAGGAAGAGAACGACAAUAUAUGAAUCAAAUGGUUGAAUAUAUCAAAGAACAAAAAGGACUUCAAGCAAUAGUUAUUGUUUUAGAUAUUAAUCAAGAUCGAUUUGCACAACAUAUCAAAACAAUGAUUAAAAUAAUAAGGAAUGUUUUUCCAAUAACAGACUUUUGGAGACAUGUUUGUAUAGUAUGGACUAAAUGUUAUUGUUAUAUUCCUAAAGAAGUUAUUGAAGAAAAGAAGAGAAAUAAAAUAGGAAAAUAUCAAGAAGAACUAAUGAAAGUUGUUAAAGAAACAACAGGAACAACAGAAAAUAUAGAAUUUCCAAUGUAUUUUGUUGAUUCAAAAGGAUUACAAGGAUUUGAUAAUACACAUUCAGAAGAUGAAAUUGUAAAGAUGUUAACAUGGGUUAGAUCAUUAACAUCAAUUAAUGUAGAAGAAGUGAAAAAAGGAGAUCCUGUUUAUCAAAGUAUUACUGAAGAAAAAGAUAAACAAGAAAAAGUCAUUAAACAAGAAAAAAAUAUCAAAACAAUUGAAAUUCAAUAUUUAAGAAGAAAUAAAAGAAUAACAUAUACAGGAGAAGUUAAUUAUACAAAUUGGGAAGUUGAAGGUACAGAAAUUAAAGAAAUUAUUCUUCCUAAAGAACCAAUAGGAACAAGAAAAGAAACAAAGAAUGAAGUAAAAGAAAUAGGUAGAACACCAAAUUAUGAACGUAUUCGUGUUGGGAGAAGAAGGUAUGGAGUUUGUGGACCGAAAAAAAAAAUAACACAACUUGUCAAUACUACUCUUCAUAAAGAAGAAGAAAUAUUUGAAAGGACAAUAACUGCGUUCAAUGAUGGAACAACAACAGAAGGACCAUGGAUUUCUAUUUCUAAAAGACAAUUUGAUGAAAUAAUUUAA